CCUGUGACAGGGACAGCUAAAUCCCCAGGGCCUUUGUACUAGGCAGAGAUAGGUUUGGCUUCGUAAAACCAAAACAAAAAGCCAUAAUGGCUUAAGGGAGGGGAACGCUUGUUUCCCUCUUAGAUAAGUAAGUCCAGAGGCAGGCAUUCCACGGUUGGCAUGUCAGCUCCGAGGAGUCGUCAGGGACCCAGAUCCUUCUGGCUCUGGGCUGGCCGUAGGGUAAGCUGGUGUGCUCGCGUCCCAGAGGGCGCUCUGCCCCACGCACAGCGUGGAAACGCGAAGAAAUGCAUCCCUCACCCCUAAGGAGACUUCCCAGAGCCCCGUGUACUUUUGUCUGCAUUUUACUGUCACACCUGCCAGAAUUUGGUCACGUGCCCACACCCAGCCGCAAAGAAAGCUGAAGAAUGUAUUUCUUUAGUUAGAUUCCUUGCUAUGCUCAAUGUUGCUGAUGAGGUGGGCAAGAAUAGAUAUCGGGUAAUAACUAAAACUUUUGCCACAGGCUUUUAGCAGUUUAAAAAGUAUAGGCCUUAAGAUCUAAAAAAAGCAUUAGGAAACUCCUAUAAAGAGGCCAUUUAUAAACCAAUCUGUAAAAACAAAGAACAUGGCUAUAUAUAAAGACAACAACCAGUUAGGAAAUGUAAGAAAACUCAUGAAGAGGGAAGACGUACAACAGAGAUGUGAUGGAUAUAAAAACAAAAACAUCAGGAUACGUGUGGGAAUUUUACAGAACUGUACUAAAAUUGAUCUGGAGAAGUAGGAGCAUGGACAGGAAGCGUCUGGAAAAGAAGACUGAGACAGAACUUUGUCCAACAUAGUGAAGAGUCCAGUAAAGAAAGCUACAGUAGGUUGAGGCUCUGGUACCAGGGAAGGAGUAGACAGGUCCUGGAACUAUACGGCGCCUAGAUGUUGACCCCAACAUCGACCUCUGGGCUGUGGCAUGGCAGCAUCUCGCAUCAGUAGGGAAGAGAACGGUAGGCCUGGACGCAACGCGCUGACCGUCUGGAGAGGAUUAAGCUGGACACAACUCCACCCGACAUCGUGACAUGGGGACUGAGCACACGGAGGUCAUUCCCAAGGAGGAAGUUUGCGAAGAGCCCGAGCCCCCCGGGGCGGCCGACGAGGGCCGGCAGUUCGGAGCGGACGCGCGGGCGCGGCCCCCGGGAGAGUCCGUGGAUGCGAGCGUGGCGCCCGGGUCUUCUCGGGGCGGUGGCGUCGCCUCGGGGCUGAUGGCCAUCAAGAGGUCCCCGUCCAGCGAGAGGCAGCAGGAGGACCCGGCGAACGAGGGCGGCCGUGGCCCCGGCCCGGCGGCCCCGCCUCCGUCACCGGGGGCCCCCGCGCCGCAGAGGAGCCCCGUGCGGGAGAAGCCCCACACGUGCAGGGAGUGCGGGAAGGCCUUCAGCCAGAACUCGCACCUGACACAGCACCUGCGCGUGCACAGCGGCGAGAAGCCCUUCCAGUGCGGCGAGUGCGGGAAGCCCUUCGGGACCAACUCCAGCCUCCGGCGGCACCUGCGCAUCCACGCGGGCGAGAAGCCGUUCGCGUGCACCGAGUGCGGCAAGGCGUUCAUCCAGAGCUCGCACCUGGUGCACCACCACCGCAUCCACACCGGGGAGCGGCCCUACCGCUGCGGCGAGUGCGGCAAGGCGUUCAGCCAGAACUCGGCCCUGCUGCUGCACCAGCGCAUCCACACCGGCGAGAAGCCGUACGCGUGCAACGAGUGCGGCAAGGCGUUCCGCGUGAGCUCGCAGCUCAUCCAGCACCAGCGCAUCCACACGGAGGAGCGCUACCACGAGUGCGGCGAGUGCGGCAAGGCCUUCAAGCACAGCUCGGGCCUCAUCCGCCACCAGAAGAUCCACACCGGAGAGAAGCCCUACCUGUGCGGCGAGUGCGGCAAGGGCUUCGGCCAGAGCUCCGAGCUCAUCCGGCACCAGCGCAUCCACACGGGCGACAAGCCGUACGAGUGCAGCGAGUGCGGGAAGACCUUCGGCCAGAACUCGGAGAUCAUCCGGCACGUGAGGAUCCACACGGGCGAGAAGCCGUACGUGUGCGGCGAGUGCGGGAAGGCCUUCCGCGGCAACUCGGAGCUGCUGCGCCACGAGCGCAUCCACACGGGCGAGAAGCCGUUCGAGUGCCCCGAGUGCGGGAAGGCCUUCCGGCGGACCUCGCACCUCACGGUGCACCGGCGCAUCCACCGCGGCGACAAGCCGCACCAGUGCGCCGAGUGCGCGCGCACCUUCUGGGACGGCUCGGAGCUGCUGCUCCACCGGAAGGUGCACACCGGCGAGAAGCCGUACGAGUGCGACCGCUGCGGGAAGCCGUUCGGCCAGCUGUCGCAGCUGGCGCUCCACCAGCGGACGCACACGGGCGAGAGGCCGUACGAGUGCCAGCAGUGCUCCCGGACCUUCAGCAGGAGCUCGCACCUGCUGCGGCACCAGAGCGUGCACUGCGCGCAGUGAGCCCGCGC